AUGACUAACUCUAUGUCAUCAGUUCAACCAACAGCUCCAAGUCAUCUCGCUGUCCAGUGGACUCCAGAGGGCUACAGAUGCACUUGGCAGAGUGGAUAUGAACACCAUACAUACAUGAAAGAUUUCCAUUACCAACUCUCCUUCUACAAAUACCAUGGUGAUAAGGGCGAGGUAAAGUGCAUUGUAAUAAAAGUCAUGCUUCAAUGUCUUAUUAAAGUCAAUGGUUGUUUGCUAAAUUAUUUUCUGGAUUUCUUUCUCAGGUUUUUCAUGUGUCCACUCGAAACAACUCUCUUUUAAUUGAUGGAUCUGGACUUGAGCCAGAUACCACAUAUGUUCUGAAAGUGAGAUCCGAUCCAAAUUCCUCUGAAUAUAAAGGACAGUGGAGUCCGUGGAGUGCAUUGGUGCAAUUGAGGACUGAUGCAAAGGAAGGUGAGAGAGAUCUGCUUUGGAGACAGACUAGUUAAAUCAUAUACCACUCUUACCUAUCUCCUUUUUGUUAUUGUUCUGAAAUAUGCUAUAGAGAAAGGACAGGCAGCCCAGUUCUGAUAUUUUUUCCACUAAUUGGUCUGUUGACCAAUCACAUCAGUUCUUUUCACAUCAGAUAUUUUUCAGAGUUUAUCUGAUUGGUCAAAGAACAAUUAGUGAAAAAAAUAUCAGAAUUGGGCUGCCUGUCUAAACACAGCCAUUGAUGCAUAUACUAUUUUUCUCCUUCAGCAGAACCAACUAUAGUCCUUGUCCUCAGCCAGUUUGUAUUUCCAGUUUGUGUGAUUGCUGGAGUUCUGUUGUUUGUAUUUUACAACCCCACCACAAGGUAACUGGUCUUCUUCAGAAACCCAUAAAAAUACUUACAAAUUGUGUCAUGAGAGAGCGAGUCUGAUUUGGAAGCCCACAAACACAAAUCAUUUAUAAUCAUUUGUGCCAUAGAAUGAAGAUAAAAGCUUUCUAUGAUGUGCCAAGCCCAGCCCCCUUUUUCCAGCCUCUGUACAAAGAUUAUAAUGAAAGUUUCCAGGUAAUGUCUACUCAUUUAUUUAUUAUUUUCCCAGUGGUCCUCAUAACAUCUUCAAAUGGUCCCUGGGUUACAGUUCAUAUCUGAAUCAUUUUUUCUCUAUAGGACUGGCUUGCGUCAGAGUGCAAUCUGAUACAAACCUGCAAGACACAAGAGUUCCUGACCAUCGAUACUUUAAUUAUUGAGGCCAAACCUAUAGCAGAGGACCAGGACUGUUCAACUACAACACCAUAUCCCCUUGCACAAGGUCAAACUCCCUAUGUUGGUCCCUCAGUGAUGGACUGGGUCUGCAGUCACAGUCCAAAUGGAAAUGGUCCAGGGGACAUCCCUUACACCCAGCUCCCCUGCUCUAGGGAGCUCCAGUUUGGAGAUAUAUUCACCUCUUUCUCUCAGGACCCUUCGGUCACCUGCGAGGGUGACUCUGGAUGUGAGGACUUAACACUCAGCCGUGAUAGCAGCUUGCCUAAUAGUCCUGUAUCUAGUGAGCCAGAAUGCAUCUGUACUGAUUACUGUAUCCUACACGAAACCUCUAAAGGUUUUAUCCCCACCGUUGUGCCCAAAGAGGUCUUUACUCAUCCCUUGAAGAGUUAUUGCAUAGAGGGACCAGGUAAGGAGGAAACCUGUGCCACUGAGUGA